UUCCAAUGGGUAAGAAGCCUGGCUCGCUGGCGUGGAACGCGAGUGCUUGCGGGGCCACUUUUGCUAAGCAGAACUGGAGCUGCUGUGGGAUGAACCCCAGUAAUUCUGCUACCUCGGUGGUUUCUCCGUGUGAAGAACCUGCCCAAAAGGGGAUGGGUGUGCCAGAGCACAAGGAACCUGAGCUGUCAAUCAACCUGAACACCAGGAACCUGAGCUGUCAAUCAGCUCGAUCACUCAAAGAACCUGAGCUGCUAAUCAAUCAAUGAAUCACAAGAAAUGCCCCUAAGCCAGGAUAGAAGAUAGGAAAGCAAAGGAGAGGCCCCACUUCCCCUGUCGUGGGCUGGCCGGCUCCCAGUUCUCAGGAGGGCGCUGUCUUUUGCUACUUCUUUACUUUACUAGUAAAAAUCUUGCUCAUACCACGCUUUCUGCCUCUCAUUAAAAAUUCUGUUUUUUUGGGUGACUAAGAACUGAGGUAAUUCUUAUGGCCCUUUUCCUGGUAACAGGUUUAUGUACGUAUGGGACUAUACGUGAAGUACUUAAUUGGGAAAUACAAAAUCCUCACCCUGAAAUGGCCACGGUGGGGCUUUUUUGACAUUCCAAAACUGUUUGUUGUGUAAGCAGUUAGAGAAAGCUGGCUUGACAAAACAUCUUUUACAGUUCUAACCCUAAGGGAACAAAAUUCCUUCUAGAAGAAGCUUGCGUUUCUCUCCCUGGGCCUUUGGAUGUAGGUGCUCUGACAGGUCAGACAACUCUUGUCUAGACCAUCUCCAGUUCCUGAGACUAAAGGAAAAAGAGGGAAGAGGCCUUUUUAGAAACUCAAGCAAAUAGACUUAGUUUAUUCCAACUAUUAUUUAUAAACUAGUGAGUUUUAUAUUUAAUACUUGAUUCAUGACUAAAUUUUAAAAUGAAAACUAUGAGUCUAUGUGAAGGUAUGUACAUUACAAAUAUGUUUCUAUGUCCAGAUGGUAUUGCUAAAAGUAAUCGUAAAAUUAGCUCUAUUUAGUUUGUUCACAAAAAGUUAAGUGCUUAUGUUCAUUCUCAGAAAUAGGAUAGAAACUAACCCAGAUAAAUUUCAGGUUUAUGAGAUCCAGGAAAUAUCCAGUAUUAGAUUAAUAUUCAGUUUUAAAGUUAGUUUAAGUUUGGUUUAAUUAAUACAAACAUGUUUUUUGAGUCAUCAACAUUAAAUAUAAUACUGUUAUUGUACCCAAGUUUACUAAAAGUCAAGUAAGUUUAUGUUAUCUCUGUUACAAAAUUUGUCAGCAAGAAAAGUAGUUUGGGAUGAUGGCUGACUGAGACAGGAGGGAAGAGGGCACAGCCAUUCAGGGAAUGCCACAGCAAUUAACACCAAAAUGGGGAAAGAUUCAACCCCCAGCAGGCCUUGAGGCUCAGGAUGGUGGGAGAUUUAACUUCCAGCAGAUCUAGAGCUUCACUAUACGCCCACUGUAAUAUAUUAACAUGGGGAAUAACACGCCCACACGCGCCAUGGCAGUCCCGAGGUCAGCCACAAAAGGUCAAAGAGUGGGAAAUGGCCAACUUCCUGGGAAUCCCAGCCCCUUCCUCAGGCUACUUGCACUGGUCCUUCCACUUAUUAGCAUAAGCCACCAAGCCCAUAAAAACUAGCAACACGGUGCCUUAUGGCCGCCGCCCCCCUCUUCAGAGAUGGCCCGCAGUCUGUCUGUGGAGUGUGUACCUACUUUUAAUCUGAGCACCCAACCCCCACACCUCCUGGCCUGUCCCUUGCCUUUCAUGGUAUCUCUGUGAAUAAAUCUACCUUCACUCAACCGUGGCUCCCUCUUGAAUACUUUCCUGCGCGAAGCCUAGGACCCACACUUGGCGGGGCACGUCCCGGGGGCCCAACCGAAGCCUGGGACACAGCCCUCCUCAUGCCCCACAUCCAUUUUCCUGCAUCAUCUCGGUCUAGUGUCUCAUGAAGUUUCAAUGGAUAAUCUAAACAUAAUUAUUGGUAAUAAGUGAAUUAAAGAGAUAGAAAUGGAGUAAGAGCCUCCAGGUGAACAUUUCAAGAAUAAUUGUUUUAUGAUAUGUCUAGUUAAAAGUAAUUUCUCCAGAGUUUUGGUAACUUGAAACUUAAGAAUCUUCUUAAGUUAAAUGAUGAAAAUUUAUUGAAUGUCUAGGUCAUUUCCAAAUAAAAUACUGGAAGAUUAACUACAGAAAGUUAUUAUGAAAGAUAUUAGUAAGUACGUUUGGUGCCACUGAGACAGGAUGGAAGGGGGCAGGGCACAGCCACUCAAGGAAUGACAGCAAUUUAACACCAAAAUGGUGGGGGAUUCACCUUCUACCUGGCCUUGAGGAUUAAGAGGUUUAACUUCUACUAGACCUUGAGCUUCAUUAUACGCUCAUUGUAAUAGCGUGAUCAAAUAACAUGCCCAACCGCAAAAGGCCAAAGAAUGGGCGGUGGCCCAACCCCUGGGAACCCCAGCCCCUUCCCCAGGGCAGUUGGAUUGAUCCCACCUGUAGGCGUGUGAAGCUACUGAGCCCAUAAAAAGUGACACUACCACGCCUAGUGGCACCUAGUGCUCUCUCUCCCCUUCGGAGAUGCCAGCAUUCUGUCUACGGAGUGUGCACCUACUUUUACUUUAACCUGAGCACCCAAUUCCCACACCUCUUUCCUUCUCUUUCUCUUGCCUUACACUCUAUGCAGUAUGUAUCUCUCUAAAUAAAUCUACCUUUACUCAAUGGUGGCUCACACUCGAAUUCUUUCCUGCAUGAAGCCAAGGACCCGCACUUGGCGGGGCACAUACCAGGGGUUCAGCUGAGACCUGGGACUUGGCCCUCCUCAUGCCCCACAUCCAUUUUCCUGCAUCACCACACUGAGGCAUAUUCUAUAAGAAAGCACAUGUCUUUUGAAAUUAUAAAUAGUAAGUUUUCUGAUCUACAGAGUGCUAAUGUAAAAGAGUUCAUAAUUGCUUACUUCUUGAUUUUCACUAGAAAUUAAGGGUUUUUUUUUAAAGGUUAAGGAUUGUAAUUAAAAUAGGUAAUUAAAACUACUAAAAUUAAUGAGGAAGACAUCUUUGCAUGCAAGGAAAAAGAAGGUAUAAAGAAUGGAAAUGCAUUUUGUCAAUGGAAGAAAUAAUUUUGUUCUAAAAAGAAGUUGAAAUAGAAAGGGAAAGCAAAGGACAAAAUACCAAGGUGAAGCAUUUCUGAUCACUUUCAGACAACUGCCACUGAACUGGGGAAGACAUGACAGAAUUCUGAUGGGGAACCUGAUGGCUACAUAAACCUGGUAACAGAAGAUCUAAGGAAAACUUUCUCCUUAAGGUUACCAUGACUUACAGCAAUUUGAUAAAUUAUACCUUUGCAAGCAGAAUUGAGUCAUUUAUCUUUUCUCUCCACCUGAUCCCUCCAGAGUUUGGAAACUCCUAGUGAGUGUUCUUACCUUCCUGGCAAUAUAGUUAUUUUUGGAAGUUCAAUGAGAAUCUCUUCUCCCUAUAACAAAACACAAUUGGAAGCAUAAGUUAUAUUAACCUGGCUUUGAAAUGUCCUAUUUGAGAAUAUGCAUAAAAUCAGAUAUGACCAGACAGCUUUAAAGAACAAAGGUGAACUUUAUGGAGCCUGAAGCUUCUUGGAAAAACAACCUGAUACCUUGUUUACUGGGUUCCAAGCAGCUUUAUCAGGUGAAUAAGGAAGGUCACCUCCUGGCAGGUGCAGAAAUCUCAGUAUAUUCUGGGGGCUUUGAGAAGAGUGGAAUCCACCCAAACCUGUAGGUACUGCAGGCAGAACCUGAUGGCAAGUCCUUGGUGUGACUUUCCUGGCCUUGGGAGGCCUUUUAAAGUUCAAUCUGAGACUCCUUAUAAAAAGUUCCAUCAACUAACUGCUGAACAACAAUUGAUAAAAGAGUAGAACCUACCAAAAACAAAGAGCUUCUACAUCUAAAGACAUAAAGAAAGAACCGAAAUGGGAGAGUAGGAGCGGGGGCACUUGUAAUGUAAUCAAACCCCAUACCUGCUGGGCGGGUGACCCACUGCUGGAGAAUAAGUGUAUUGUGGUGGUUCCUCCACAGGAGAGAGAGUUCUGAGCCCUACACAGGCUCUCCAGCCCAGGGGCUGGUCGCCAGGAAGAGGAGCCCCCCAGAGCAUCUGACUAUGAUGGCCACUGGGACUUAACUGCAGUAACUCCACAGGUCUGGGGAAACAGAGACUUCACUUUGAAAGGUCAUACACAAAAUCUCAUGUGCACUGGGACCAAAGGUAAAAGUAAUGACUUCAAAAAACACCCAGGAAUAAACCUACCUAAGGAGGCAAAGGACCUGUACUCUGAAAACUGUAAGACACUGAUGAAAGAAAUUGAAGAUGUGACAAACAGACUGAAAGAUAUUCUGUGUUCUUGGACUGGAAUAAUCAAUACUGUUAAAAUGUCCAUACUACCCAAGGCAGUAUACAGAUUCAAUGUAAUUCCUAUCAAAUUGCCAUGACAUUUCACACAGAACUAGAACAAAAAAUUGUUAAAUUUGUAUGGAAAUCACAAAAGACCCCAAAAAGCCAAAACACUCUUGACAAAGAAGAAUGGAGCUGGGGACCCAGGCUCCCUGACUUCAGACUAUAGUACAAAGCCACAGUGAUCAAAACAGUAUGGUAUCAACACAAAAACGGACAUGAAGAUCAGUGCAACAGGAUGGUGGCUGAGGGUGAGGAGGAUGCAGACUGGACCCUGGAGGAGAGUUGCUGAGCAUCAGCUUGGCCCUGGGACCGGCUGCAGUAGCAGAAGCCAGACUUCGUCCCACUCACUUAGGAAGAGGAACCUCCUCGAGGGGCUGCUCACAAACCUUCUCAAGGAGGCUCACGUGGGCAGCUUAAGGGGCAGGCUGCGCAUUCACACCCACCUUCAGGAAGGAAGGACUCACUCUCCCAACUGCUGGGAGAGUGGGCAGCUGUCUUGGGGACUGGAUCUGCUGAAGAAAAUGGUGUCACUUAAGGUCACAUCUCCUUUGAGGGGCAAUGUGUGACCAAAAUGGAUGACUUGCGCUGCUCUGGAUGUCUCUGGAGGGUCCUCCAAGCUCCAGAGCUCCUGAGGGCUCAGCUCAGGCAUGUGCUGGUCCUCGGUGCAGCUCAGCGUUUCUGCUCCCAUCCCGUUCCUUCCCCACCUCAGCACUUGACAGGGAGAGCCUCCUCUUAAAGUCCUACUGCCGAGUCUCCUUCUCAGAGUCCAGGAGCGUGGCCUGGAGCAACCCUGCAGGCCCUUGUUAGCCAUCACAAUGACUUUGGCUGUCACCGGACUGAGGUGGGGCCCUAGAGGGGUGGGAGGCACCACCUGUUUUCUGUUGCACCGGGAUCACUCUGGCUGUAGUACUGAGAGUGCCCAGGAGGGGGCUGCCCUGAUCCAGGAGGCGGCCAGGGUGGCUGAGGCUCAGAAGUCACAGUGUGAAGUCACAGUGUGGGUGGCAGACCACUGGAAGGCAAUUAGGUCACAGGAGUGGAUCCCAGGACCCCAGGGAGGAACAGUGAGAAGUCGGCCAUCUGCAACCAGGAAGAGGCCUCACCAGAACCCGUCCAGCAGGCACCGUGACCUCCGGCCUCCAGCCUCCAGCCUCCAGAAGCCGGCAGGGCUGGUCGGCUGGGGCGGUGGUGGGGGCUAUAAGUGGCUGGGGCGCCCACCCUCAAAGCAAGAGGCUGAGAAGGAGACGGCGCUGGAACCUAUGGACACAUCGUACCCCCGCGAGGACCCCCGGGCUCCGACGCCCCGCAAGGCCGACGGCGCCCCCCACACGGCCCUCACCCUGGGGGCACCGGGACCCCCACCUCGAGACCACUUGAUCUGGUCCGUGUUCAGCACCCUCUACCUGAACCUGUGCUGCCUUGGCUUCCUGGCGCUGGCCUACUCCAUCAAGGCCCGAGACCAGAAGAUGGCUGGAGACCUCGAGGCAGCCCGGCGUUUUGGCUCCAAAGCCAAGUGCUACAACAUCCUGGCCACUAUGUGGGCAUUGGUGCCGCCUCUGCUGCUCCUGGCGCUGGUGGUGACUGGCGCCCUGCACCUGUCCCGGCUGGCCAAGGGCUCUGCCGCCUUCUUCAGCACCAAGUUCGACGACUCAGACUAUGACUGACAGGCUGGGCCCUGUCCCCGUCCUGACCCAGGGACCCUGGCCCCAGAGCACUGCCCCAGGGGCUCCACCCUAAUCCCCUGGAACCCCAGCUCUCCUACAGGCUUAAGGCUCACCACCAGCCCCAGUCUGGGCACCUAACACUGACCUUGAAGACCCUCCUUUUGGACCCCAGGGGGCUUGCUCUGACCUUGAUGCUCCCCAGUUCCCUCCCUCCCCACUCACCAGGCUUAGCUUUGGCUUCACAAUUAAAAGUGCCUGGCUCUAGAAAGUGCCUUCUGGGACCCAUUCCUGGCUCGGUGGGGGAGAGUGUCUUCCUGAGGGAGCUUCCUAGGGACCACCGCAGCCAAAUCCCCCUGGACUGCCCCCAGCAUGGAUGGUGGGACGUCCUGUCCUGCAGCUUGGCCGUGCCCUGACUGUCCCCUUUACUCAGCUGGUCCUGUGGCUUCUGGGUGGAGGUGCCUGGGUAUUUUAGAAUGAAGUUUGGAAACUCAA